GUGCCCAAGCUACCAUCAGCCAACAACAGCAGGUCAGCAGCAUAGCUCGUGACUCGCGCCAUCUCUGCUAGAGCCAGCCAUGGCUAGAACGCUCGUUGAAGCGGCCGCCGGCUCGCCGAGCUCGCCGGAAGACUCCCUCAACUCGGACAUGGUCCUCAUCCUCGCCGGACUGCUCUGCGCGCUCGUCUGCAUCCUCGGCCUCGGCCUCGUCGCGCGGUGCGCGUGCUCGCGGCGCUGGGCCACCGGGGGCCGGGCACCACAGGGUGCGGCAGGCGCGAACAAGGGCGUCAAGAAGGAGGUGCUGCGCUCGCUCCCGACUGUCACGUACAUCUCCGACCGCAGCAAGGCGGCGGAGGAGGGGGCUGAGGCGGACGAGUGCGCCAUCUGCCUCGCGGAGUUCGAGGACGGCCAGGACAUGCGCGUGCUGCCGCAGUGCGGCCACGGGUUCCACGCCGCCUGCGUCGACACGUGGCUGCGCGCGCACUCCUCCUGCCCGUCGUGCCGGCGGGUGCUGGCCGUGGAGCAGCUGCCACCCGGUGAGCGGUGCCGCCGCUGCGGCGUGCGCCCUGGCAUCAGCACGCUCUGGAAGGCGCCCUGCAGCGCCGAGGGGCCGGCGUUCUUGGCGUAGUGCUGUGCGCACUAUAGACAAGAACUAACCAAUGUGCAAGCUCAUUGGUUAACCAUUUUCUUUUCUUUUCUUGUUUAGCCUUGUAGGUUUCAAGGUUUCAUUGUUGUUUAGGUGUGAUCAGUGAGUAGUGACUAGCUGGGACCUGGGCUGGGAAUGUGGAGCAUUUGGGACAAGCAUCAAGAUAUGUGUACCUGAUUGAUGGAUAAAAAAAAUGUCCUUGUAACUUUUUUGUAAAUAUGUGCAAUGAUAUGAAUCUUGAAGUCAGUUUCAAUUGGGAGAA